AUGAUGCGAUCAUACGCCGACCACAUUAUCACAUCUGUGGAGAGAUACGGGCUAUCUCUUCCAGACCAUGACAAAUGGACAAUUAUUAUACAAAAAUAUUUUAAAGAACACUGUUCAGUUAGGAUAAUCGAACAUUCUCUCUUUUUCUCAUUGUCCUUUCUUUUCUCUCUCACGUUUCCUCUUUUCUUUCUUUUUUUUUUCUUUUUUUUUUCUUUGCACAAAUCCAAUUUCACACCCGGUCCGGCUGUAACAGAGAUAUACACAUUCUUCCUCUCUCUGUUUUUUUUUUUUUUUCUUUCUUCUUCUGUAUACAGUUCAGCCUCAAAUACGGUUAAAACUGCAACAGGGAUAUACACUUUCUUCCUCUCUCUGGUUUCUCUUUUAUUUCUUCAAACGCAGAGGCUGGUCCUUUUCUAUCCAGUGGUUACCUUCCUGUAUCUUUCUACCUUCUCUUUCUAUUGUUCACUCACUAGCAUUAUUGCUUGUUCUUCCUCUCUUUACAAAAAAAUUUUCAACAUAUUUACAUGGCAUUUCAUGCUACUUUUCCUUCGGUUGGGCAUAUGUACCCAAAUAAUUCAAACUGUUCAGUUUUUUCAGUACUUUGAACGGCCCCUGGUACUUUGCCUCAAAUGGUCGACCGUUCGAAGCUUUUUUUCAGUUUGCCUUGUAACCACUGCUGAAAUUUUCCUUUUUCAUCUUCCGAGUUAUAGUGCCUUCUUUUCAUCUGAUGCACUGAUAAUUUUCGAGGCUCAAUAUCUAUCUGUUUUCUGCUUACAUCAUUUCCUAGCAACAACGAAAUUCCUUUCAUCGGAAGCGAAUCUAGCAGCCCGACUUCUAUAUCGCCAACCUUCCACUUAG